GUAAAUUGAACUACAGAGUGAGAUUCUAAGCAGAAGUUAUAACAACAUAUAGAAACUAAUAAUUAAGUAAGUAAAUAUGUAACGUUUAUUUACUACUUUAAUGAUAAUUGUCGGUAUUUGUAUAUAUCUGUAUACAUAUUUUAUUAUUGAAUUUAGUACAAAAUGUUUAAUGGAAAAAUGUUUUAUUACAAUAAUAUUUCGGUUCAAGAGCAUAAUACUCCUAUUUUGACACGCUUCCUAUAUAUCUGAUUAUGUCAAGAUAACAAAUGCCCAUACAAAAAUAUUGUAAAUCUUAAUUGUAAUAGACUUGGCAGUUUGUUACCAAUAACUAUAUUACCCGUGGAAAUGCAACGUUAAAUAAAGGAAACAGUUUUUGUGGGGAAGUGGCGACUAUUGUGAACUAUGACGAUGAACAGAAUUACGUGGGUACUCGUGCGAUUCAUUUGUGAUGUCUUCAGCCCACUGUAUUGAACAUUUUAAUGUUGCAGAAAUAGUAGACAAUCUAAAUUACUUUAUCAAAGAAAGUAAAGCAUAUACAGAAGACAAUGUUCUCGUUUACAAUAUAUUUGUAUACAGCAUUCCAAAAAAGUUCACGGAAAACGAUUUACGAGAUUAUUUCUCAAGCUUUGGUAAUUUGUUUGACGUAAAACUUGUCGCUGACGAACGACGUGAAGCGCCCAAAGUGUGGUUUGUGAACUAUUCUGAACCGGAAAGUGCCUGCAGCGUGCUGAAAAAAUGUAAUCAUCGUUUGCAAGGCGUACGAAUCGGUGUUAAAGCAGCGGAUAGCUGGAAACAGCCCAAUUCGGAAAGAGCAUGUAGUGUUAUGUUAUACGAUAGCUGGUUCCAGCCCACUAUUGCAAUAUUAUCGACAAAUGGCACAAAUAUACUAUCGUUGAAUGAUGAUUGCUUAGAAAUAGUAUUUGAUUUGUUGGAGUUAAAAAAUAAAGUGCGUUUUGCGCGUGUAUGCAAGCGCUUCCACGACAUUUUCCAAAUGCUUUGCAAACGCGAAUUCAAAUACUUCGAUCUGGGUAAAUUGUCUGGCAUGACGUUAUGGGAGAUACGUGAUUUUUUUCGUUUUGCUGGCGGAAAUAUUGAAAGAAUAUUAGGCAGACUGCCGUAUAAAAAUCGCUUACGAAUUGUUGAAUUUAUAACAACCUUUUGUGGAAAAUUGCGUCUAAAACUGAAUGAAAAUAACAAGCGAACAGAAUGUCUGAAAAUGUUAGCACGAUACACCCAAAUGCUAAAUAGUCAAAGUUACAAGCAGAUAGAAUUUUAAAAUAGAGAAAAGAAGACCCUACACAAAUGUCUUCCGAGAUUUAUAACAAUUAAUAGAAAUUUAAAGUAGCGUAAUGUUAAACAUAAAUAAAUAAAAAUAACAACAACCAGAAAUGAAUUAUAAGAUAGAGAAUACGAAGAAAAAACUUGGAUAAAGGUGUUGCCCGAUCCUUAUUAAAAUUCUAAAUAUCUCACGAAAACCAUUUUGAACAAUCCACUCAUUUAUACCCGAAUAUAAAAAUGUAUGUAUCUAUGUAUACAAAAAAA